GGAGGUCUGCAGUGACUCUUGAGGAACAGGGACUCCCAAGGAAGGGCUGGCAGAAAGGCUGCGGGACCUCCUCAAGAUAAAAUGGACAGGGCAAAGCCCACGAGGAAGGGAGAGGGGUUCGGUUACGGUCCCAGCUGUAAGGGAUCUCAAGAAGGCGCAAAGCAAACAAGGCGGUAACUUUUCCUAGCUCAGGACUGCUGUCCCCGCCAUCCCUGAGCAACACCCCCUUCCUCUCUUCAGCGCUGGCCGUUCCCCGGUCAUCUCCCAGCAUGGCCAGAGAAGCAGCGGGUUCUGCGUGCCGGAAGCAGAGGUGGGGAACCAGAGAGGACGUCGACUUGUGAGAUGUUGCCUCUCAGCUGCUCAGGCAGGACAGCUGAGUGGGGUCGUGCGUUGCUCCAGGGAAGAUGCGAAUAACGGCCGCAACCGCCGAGGGUGGCCCGGUCAGGUGCAACCCCUUCCUUCCCGCCUCGAGGACAUGGAUUCUUUCUGCUUUGCCUGCUUCCAAAAAGAGGAGCUUCAGCCUCUGCCACUGAACAGUGUCACCAUGAGUGCUGGUUCUAUUGAGCAAGAGCCUUUGCGCAAGCUGGCUUGCUGCGGAGUGCCCCUCAUCACGGAGGACAUGCAGUCGCUGGCCAUCCGCACCCUCUCGGGCACGGACAUCAACAAACAUUACGACCUCAUCCGGGAGCUGGGGAAGGGGACCUACGGCAAGGUGGACCUUGUCUCCCACAAGAGCACAGGUACCAAGAUGGCGCUGAAAUUUGUCAACAAGAACAAGACCAAGCUGAAGAACUUUCUGAGGGAGUUUAGCAUCACCAAUACACUGUCCUCCAGCCCGUUCAUCAUCAAGGUCUUCGACGUGGUCUUUGAGACCGAAGAUUGCUACGUCUUUGCCCAAGAAUAUGCCCCGGGAGGGGAUCUCUUUGACAUCAUCCCUGCACAGGUGGGGCUCCCCGAGGACAUGGUGAAGCGCUGUGUGCAGCAGUUAGGUCUCGCCUUGGAUUACAUGCACAGCAAAAACCUGGUGCAUCGAGACAUCAAGCCAGAAAAUGUCCUCCUUUUCGACCGUGACUGCCGGCGGGUCAAGCUGGCGGACUUCGGCAUGACACGGAAGGUGGGGUGCCGGGUGAAGCGCAUCAGCGGGACCAUCCCGUACACGGCGCCGGAGGUUUGCCAGGCUGGUCGGGCGGAAGGCUUUACCGUGGACACCAGUAUCGAUGUGUGGGCUUUCGGGGUGCUCAUCUUCUGCGUGCUGACGGGGAACUUCCCUUGGGAGGCCGCCUCAGCCUCAGACACCUUCUUUGAGGAGUUUGUGAGGUGGCAGAAGGGGCGCCUGGCGGGCUUGCCCUCCCAAUGGCGACGCUUCACAGACCAUGCGCUGCGCAUGUUCCAGCGCCUGCUGGCCCUCGACCCGGAGAAACGCUGCCCCGUGAAGGAGGUUUUCUUCUUCAUCAAGUACGACCUGAUGUCGGAAGUCCGUCGCCGCCCCUCUUACCGCUCCCGCAAGCACGCCGGGGACAAGCUCUCGGCUGGCCCUCACCGCCACGAGACGCCCAGCGCCUGUACCCCUACCCCGCUCAAAAGAACCAUUCUGACGGAAGGCAGUGUCUCCCGACUCUCUGGCACAGAGUCCGGCCUCCCUUCUCCAGCGGGAGGGAGCAGAACUGACGGGCGUCAGGACAAAGGAAAGGGGCAAAUGGUGUUGGCCACGGCCAUUGAGAUCUGCGUCUGAGGAGCGGGCACGCAGGGCGGGGGCCACCGUGCCUCCCCGCCUGCAGGGAACAUGCCGGCAUAGCAGUGUCCGCUCUGUACAGGGCUGUGUGUGGAAGGAAUCCAUUUUUUUUUUAUCUCCCAGAGGGACUCGGAUCCGUAUCAAAGCAAAAAAAAAAAAUUAAAAUAAAAAGAUAAAAAAGAAAAAAAUGGGGGGAAAAGAAAAAUAGUCAACAAAUAAGGAACAAAAAGCAGGAAAGGUGGCCCUCAUUUUGCUCAAGAGGACAAUGGACGUGAACAGUCCUCUGUUGACCUCGCAUGGCAGUAGAAGACCGCUUUCCUUACACGAAGACUGAGAAGCAAAAGCCAACCAUGGAGGGGGUAGCCAGUGGGCUAGUGGCUGGAGGGGAGAGUGCAAGUUGGCCUGGGGGGGUGGCUUAACGUUGAGGAACCAUUGGAUGCUUGGUGGGAGGGGGAAGGGGUUCCUUCAGCCAUCAACUCCUUUCUUGCCAGUCAGAAUUGGUUUUUAGAUGGCUUCUGUUUUGAAGGGGAGGGAAUGGGAACCCUUAAGGAUUGACAUGGUGGUAGCGGUGGGGUUGGGGAGAUGACAGGGCCCAUAUGGGGCACAGCAACAUCUUGGAUCUGGUUACAUUCUGUAACCAAGCUCUGGUUCCUUUGCGGGUUUGGUUGUGCCUGCUGGGAGAAACAGAAUUGGUGCUGAGCCACGAUGCUGGGGGCUUGUCCUACAGGUCAAAUGGAGACGCACCCACCCCAGGCAAUAAGCAUGUUCUUGUUAUUCAGCCUCAACUGGCUUUACUCUCUGCCCAUCUUGGGUGUACGUAUCAUGCGGUGCAGGCUAUCCACCGUGCCCUGCUGUUUUCAUGGAUGUAGCUGACACAAACUCCUGUGAGGUGAGGCUGAUAGCUUCAGUAUGUCGGGAAAGGCCUCAGCAAGGGUUAGGAGGAUUGUUUCUUGAGUUGACCUCCUUUUCCCGAUUUUGAGGUGGUCCCUCUUAGGGAGGGACUCCACUUGGCUAAACUAUUAGGGCAUUCAGCCUAAACUCACGCUGGCUAGAUCUUUUCCUAGGAAAGUACCAGAUGCCUCACCCCACAAACACAGAUUCUUACUGGCAUUCUCCUGCCCCCAACGGAAGUAAAAUGCAGACUUAGGGUGGUUUGGGGGAACCUGGAAAAAUUACAGGGCUGCCAAGGAAGCAAUCGGUGCCACCCAUGUAGCAAGUGUUACGUCUGUGUGCGUGUCUGUGUGUGUCUAAAUGGUCGUCAAGUUGAGUGCAACUCUUUGCUGUGUGGCCCUCAUCCCUCAGGAGACAGACCUGCUUCUGCUUUUAGAGCUGAACAAGAGGAGGGCCAGGCAUUGGGGCCUGAGGGCAUGGAGGGGAACAGGCAAGCCAUUUUGUGCGGGACUGCGCCGCCGCGAAAACUGGGCCCCUGUGUGGUGAGAGACUGUCUCUGGGGAGGCGGGUUCUAGGUGCGAGCACCAACUUACUCCCAUGAACCACUGGAAGGGCGAGAGACAGAGUCUCAUGGGACUGCAGGUGAGGGAACCUCAAGGCUCUGCAGGGCCGAAGAGAAUGAAGAGGCAGGGUCUGAGCAGAGAGUGUGGCCUUGUUACAACACUUUUAGUCUCCGACAGAACAAAGGCACUGCCCGAAUCCUUCCUGACUACUUAGCUAUGGAGAGUGGGAGAGAGAGCAACUAGGGAAACAUAGCAUCGGCUUCUGGGAAACAGAUGCGAAGCCCACGGAGAGAGUCUCGGAGCAAUAUCUGCUGCCUCAUGGAGACCCUCAAAUGGUCCAAAGGGCUCAUAUCAUACGACUUUUCAAUCUGGGACACUUUUAAUAUCAAGCUUGGGGAUCUGCGUCUCUUGCAGCAACGAGGCCAAAUUUCAUUGGCUAGGAGGGAUCGGAGAAGGGUAAUGCUCUAAAGGUCUCCCCCUCCUUAUCCUGGUGUGGAUAAAGGAUAGAUUCCCGCCACAGCACCCAUGGGACACCAAGGUGCUGCUGGAGGGAAAAUGACAACCUCAAAACAUCGGCCUGGAUUUUAAAAAAAAACACCAUGUGGUCCUGCAUCACACGGUUCCGUGCCUCCUCUCGGAGCUGAAGCACAAGGCAACGAGGCUGCUGUCUAGACUACCUUGCAAAUUAACGAGGGCUUGGAGUGGAGGGAGCACCUAGAAAUCAUACAGCCCCCCUCCUUUCACCAAGGGCUCAGACCAAUAUGGACCUCCCUUUGCCGUAGGUGCGUGGAGCUAUGGAAAGGCCCUUCUCCUCAGAAUCGCUGGCACGGUGUCCUUUUAGCGCCACCGCUUGGAAGAAAGUUAAUUUGAGGGUGGGGAGAUUGGCAUGGGAGAGAAGUCCUUCCUUAGGGCGUCAACGUGGGUGAUGUCUUCUCCCCGUUUCUGUCCGCUCCGUCGUCCCAAGCUAAAGGGUUGAGUGGAGGAACCCAACUUGGUCCUUCAUUCCUGUGGGCGACGCCCUCCGUUCUCCAAACCAUUUUAUAGGAUCGCCUUGUGUGUCGCUGUGCGUGUUCGCCCUCCCCGAGACUCUCCUCUGCACAAAGGGCUAUAUCACGAUAUUUCUGAAACAACACAGCAGUUUACAAACAAAAAAACACAACAUGGCUGUCUACCCCCUCUUUCUUGCCCUGCCCUUUCCAACUUGAGGGGAAAUGUGUGUGUGUGUGUGUUUGUGUGUUUAUGUAAAAGACAAGGGUGCGUUGUCUGAGUAGGCAUCCCCAGGAAUGGCACGUGCCUGCCGCAAACACUCUUGCCCAACAUAUUGACCCCCGAUUGUCCGUCAACUCCAGAAUUAUGGCAGCUUGCCAUGACUGCCUAGAAUGCUGUCUCCUUUGCUGGACUUCGACGAAGCCUGAGGGACGCCCCCUACCUGCCUUUUCUACUGCCCUUCCGGCCCGCUUUCGACUGGGGGGGCACUUCAACGGUCUUAGCCUUCCUUGGCGUGGCCCUAAGCGAUCCAAAUCCCCCACCCAUUUGUUGUGCCCCGAACCUGCUUGUUAAUCUGUCUCUCUCGACACUCCACGCCGGAGUCUUUGGGAGGGGAGAAAUGCAGCUCUCUGACGCCCUCCUCUCUUGUUGUCACCCUGCCGCCUUGUGCGUACACGCGUGUGGAGGUUGGGAUGGUAGCCGACGCUAGAAUUUUUUUUAGAACUAGGCACUGCACCGAUUCUAGAUAUUAGCCGCGACCUCUCCUUUUUGCCUUAGGACCUUUCGAUCUUUUGUGCAAUAAUGUAGAUAAGGAUUAAGAACACCUUAUAGACCUUGAUUUCUGUUGUUUUUGAAUAUAUAUAUAUUUUUCCCCAAUGUGGGUGUGCGGAGGAGGGAAAUAGAAGGGGAAGAAUGGGGGAAACAGAGGGUUUGGGGGAUAUUAGGUGGGCCUGAGUGGGGGUGGUUUCCCCAUUAAUUUUGUUCUUGUUUUCCCUUCUGUUGACUGUUCCGUCCUGGACCCCUUCUCCCCAAUGUAAGAGGGUUUUGUUUUUUUCCCCCCUGUGUUAAACAUAGGUUACCUCAGUUUCUGUCACUAUUAAGAAGAAGGGAAGCUUUUGAAAAAAAAAAUUAACAAAAAAACCCUCAUAAAAAUGGUAACAAAUAAUUUUUAAAAUGCAAAAAAAAAAAUUCUUGUGUGGAAGAUGGAUAACUAAUGGAAGAUAAGACGUUUCAGAAGCAUUUAAAAUGGCAAUUUCCUGUUGUAGCAUUGAGGCAGUGAAGCUUUUCCAAAGUGACGGUUGCGAUAAGGCUGCUUUGGUUCAGGAGGGGGGGAAAUGUUCUUUUCUAAAAGUUGAGGCGGCGGGCCUGUGGAAUACUGGGUCAUUGGUGUCCUUAGGUCAGGAACUAUAGCAUCAAGGAGGGACCUGGCCAAGAUGGGUUUCCGUCAGGAGCUGCUUUUGUUCCCUUGCUGUGACACCUGUUGUGCCUCCUACAUGCCCAGAGGGAAGGUGAAUGGCUUCACUCUUAGGGUGGAUCCGCUCCAUAUUUUAUUCUGAACUUUCCAAGCUGCCGAACGAUAAUCCCCAAAGAGGUGAAGCACCUGCAAAGUUCAGAAUAAAAAUGGAAGUGGAUCGAUCACCUGCCCUCCCACCCAAGUGAAAUCGGGCUGGCCUCAACCUCCAUGACAGGCUUGUCCUGCUGAAGGGCUGGACAGAAUCCACUUCUGUUCCUCACAGAAGCCAGCUUAGUCAAAACAGACUUCACCUUGAUUCAAUAAUACAGUGGUGCCUCGCUAGACGAUUGCCUCAUGGGAUGAUAAACCCGCAAGACGAUUG